AGGAACAGCACAAAGCAUACAUACGUAUGUAUAUGCAUAUGUAUUUACAUAUGUAUGAAGACUUGUAGUCGAGUCGAUCUGAAAACGUAUUGGAAUCAUAAUACAUACGUAACGAAUGCAUUUGCAAGCAGAUAAACCAAUGUGUUUCUCAUAAGGCUAAUUGAUAAUUCCAUAGUCAAACCAUAUCCAUACUCAACAAUAAGUGUGCAAUAUACAUACAUACAUACAUAUGACGAUGACUCCAUCCCAUCCAGACCCCCCAAGUGGCUCAAAUGCUGAAUGGGGAGGCUUCGUUCGUUUUGUCUGUGUGCAUAAUGUGGCAGCAGGGCCAACGGCAGACCUCAUUUCAGAAAAUCUUGGAAAUUUCCUAAUUGCUUUCGGCUUGCAUGUACCAAAGCUUCUCCAUAAGCGGACGAAUGAUCAGUGCAAGAAAUUACACUCAAUGGAUCAUCAUUCAACAAAGCGAUAUAAAGGGAUCAACUUACUUGGAUUAUUUCCACACUUUGAUUUCUAUACAUCUGGUCUCCGUCGCACAACAAAAUCAUAACGUUCAAUCAGCAGUUUUAUUGCCAAUGGAAAUCGAAUGCUGAAAUCAAAGAUACACAAAGGCAGUUAAACGGCAAGAUGCAAAGAUAUACAAAAAUACAUAUGUAUGUGUUUCCCUUUGCCGAUUGCUUCGUAAGAAUAAAAAACGGGCAGGCCAGCACGCCGAAAACAAAUAAAAUUAGAUGGGGAAGAACGAAAAUCAGAGAUGCCCCCAAGAGUGGGCCCAAAGGCGAAUCAGGGCUAAAUCAAUACAAGUCACAUGGAAAAAAGGGAAUCUGCAGAUCCGCCAUCUCCGCCAUGAAACCUUGUGAUGCUGAUUGGAUAUGGGAAGGUUUCUCCUACUCAGCCUUCGGAUCAUUUCUGUUCGUCAAACUCCGAUAAUAUAGAUUUAUGUACCGAAGCACCUAUUUCUAUGGAUAUUGAUUUUUUCUAAUCAGUUUUCCUUCUCU